AUGUUGUCCAACAAUAAUAUUAAACAAAAAGUUGUUGCAAUCACCAACGAUUUAGAUAAAUUGAUCCCUUUUGGAACCCUAAAUUUCCACAAUCUUCCAUUAGAUAUAACCGAUUUACAAGGAAUCAAGUCUAGUUGUGUCAGUUCAAAAGUUGACAAUGAACUUCAACAAUGGAGCUGGCUAGACAUUGAUUACUUGAUAUAUUUGUUAUCAAUCAACCACAAAAAAAUCAAUCCUAUAUUAUUCACUUUACAAUACUUGCUAAAAAAGAAUUAUAUUCAAGCAACUUAUAAAGCUGUUAAGAUAACUCAACCGUAUAAUAGUACCAAGAAGAAUCGCUAUUUGUUUUCAAUGUGUCGGGUCAGAUUGUUUUCCAUACCUGCUGAUGUCGAAGGGGCAAGGCAUAUUCGUGAAUGCCAACAAUUUCAAUCAAGGUCCUCAAAAUUGGAUAAGCAAUAUGUUCACCAUUUUGAACAGUUACUUAGAUACCUUGAUUUUUCAAAUUCAAAUUGGUAUAUUAGUAAACAACUAUCAAUUGAACAAUUGCUACACCAAGGUUCGUUGUUAUUGAUUGAUUGCAAAUGUACAGUUAAACUGGAAACAGCUUCAAACGACGAAUUAAAGUUUCAUCUACAGAGAUGGAGCAAUAAACAACCGGUUUUAAGAUUUACCAAAAACAACAAAAGUAAUACGAAUCAAUUAUCAAAUACAGAUACUUCUGGUGAUAGAAUCAAGAAUAUUUAUGACCAGAUUCCGUCCCCUGAUUUAUCCAAAUACACAAUCAGUAAAGAGAAUUACAAAUUUAUGAAACAAUCAAAAGCUGAUAUACCAUCAACUGAAGAUAAAUUGUCGAUACUAGCCAAUGAUGCAAAGUAUCAGGACAUGAUAAAGGUUGAUGGAAUAAAGUCAACACUAUAUCCAUUUCAAGCAAGAUCAGUUGGAGUAAUGCUAGAAAGGGAAUGUAUAACGAGAAGAACUAUCAUGCCAAAUUUUAUUAAACUUGAAUCACCUUUAUCCAGUACUUUCUAUUUUGAUUUAUUUACCAAAAGCAUUCAUUUGCAACCUGAUGUUAUGACACUACCGCUUGGUGGAAUUUUGGGUGAAAAUAUGGGAUUAGGUAAAACUUUAAUGUGUUUGAGUUUAAUUAAUUUAACAAAAUAUGAAAUAACGAAAAUUCCUAGUGAUAAUUUUUUAUUAUAUAAUGAAAUUGAAAUCAAUGAUGAAAUGAAAACUUUAGCCGAUAUAUGCAGAGAAAAAGUGAUUUACUCUUCUGCACCUUGGAAGUUGUACAACCUUCCUACAUCGGUAAGAUCAAACUUAGCUAAUCAUCCCGGGUAUUUUUGCAUCGACUUGAAUGAUCAUGAAAACAACAAAAGAAUUAAUAAGAGUGGCUUUCCAAAUAAUAGGAAUGGAAGUGGUAUGGGUAAACGUGCUGUUAGAAGUACUGGUACCAGACCAACAAGCUAUUUGAAACUUUACAUGAGUAGCACUACUUUAAUAAUCGUACCUGAUAAUUUGUUUAUUCAAUGGGUUGAUGAAAUAGCACAGCAUGUUGAAGCAGAUUUUCUUAAAAUUUUGUGUGCUGCAAAUUACAUCAAAGACGACCAGAUAAAGGAUCAGUUUAUACAGAACCCCAAAUUUGUUAAUACCAUUCCUGGAAAUCCAGUUGAGCUCAUUGAAUAUGACGUUAUUUUAAUUUCACAGUCUUGUUUAAAUAAAUCAUUUGCAAAUAAAACCAAGAGUGGUCCAAAGAAUGAUAACAACCAUGUACCACCUCUUAGGCAGGUAUAUUGGAAAAGACUAAUCAUUGAUGAAGGUCAUGUUGUUCAGUCAAAAACUUCUAAUGCAGCUCAAAUAUGUCGAUCAUUAUUUUCUGAAAGAAGGUGGGCAGUAUCAGGAACACCAACAUCAGGGUUAACUAAGAUUUACAUGGAAAAAGAAAAAGAAGUAGACAAAGAUGAACAGGAAAACCUUCACCAAACUCAAAAUAAUAUACAUGUAUUAGAAAACCAAUUUUUUGCCAAAACGGAGUUACAGCGAUUAGGCGUUAUAAUCAGUAACUUUCUUAAAAUGGAGCCUUAUUAUACACAGUCCAGAUUAUGGACUCAGGAUAUUGUUAAUCCCUUGAUAAGCUCAAGGUAUGGUUCGGAACUAAUAUUCUCAAAUAUAGUUAAUUCAAUAAUAAUUCGCCAUCAACCGAAUCAAACUAAAAUCAAGCUACCUCAUUUCCAUCACGAGAAGGUUAUAUUAGAACCAUGUUUUCAGGAUGCUUUAUCACUCAACUUAUUAGCUGCUGUAUUAGCUGUAAAUGCAGUAACGUCUGAAAGGACAGGAAUAGACUAUAUGUUCCAUCGAUCUAAUCGACAACAAUUGAGAAGAUUAUUGAGUAACAUUCAAAGAGCUACGUUUUAUUGGACUGGAUUCCAACAGCAGGAUGUUGAAACGCUUGUUAGUAUAUGUGACGAGGCAUUACUGAAACCAGGAAAGUAUAGCGAGUCGGAUAUUGAAUUGUUACGUCGAUCGAAAAGCAUUGCUUUAAUUGCAUUGAAUAAUCAACGUUGGGCUGUCGCACAACUGAUUCAUGAAUUAGGUUACUACAUUUCACAGGAUGAAAGUAAUCAAUAUGUUAGUUCUGUUUGGAGAACAAGUGCUUAUACACCAUAUAUAGGAGUCUUUUCCGCUCCACAAUUAUUACGGUUACAAAUAUUCUGGAAGGAAAACUGGUUUUUAAGUUUUGAGAAUGAGCAGGCAUUUCGUGACAAGUUUGAAAACACAGCUAAAACAUUUUGGGAUCAAUAUUUACAACAAGAAUUCAACAAGAAUGAUAGACAUGUGGCCAUGGAUAAAUUGAUAAAGAAAAAUAGUGUUGGGGAACUUCAUACUGUUGAUAGCAUAUCCAAAAGUUUCGAUGUAAUGACUUCAGAAGAAGCUAUUGAUAAUAUGCCACACCCACAAUCACCACCAAAGAAGAAAAGAAGAGUUACUUUCGCAGACGAAAUUAUAGAAGAAGAUGAAAGAAAGCAAGCGGAGUCCCAACAAAGCAAAGGUGUUAGUGUUGAUGAAUGUAACGACAAUAAAAACAUAGAAAACUCAAACCGUUCUAUUCCACCAUUUGACAUGACUAGAUUGUUUAGAGAUAUGAACAUAUUAGGUACAUCCUCAGCAAAAUUGACAUAUUUGGCUACUAGUUUAUUGGAAAACCAAAGAAAUCGAAUAAAAUCAAUAGUAUUUUUUGAGUUUGAAGAUAGUGCAUACUACUUGAUUGAAUUAUUGGAAAUAUUGAAAAUCCGCCAUAUUAUUUAUGCAAAUUUUAUAACACCAGUAAAAAGAGCACAAAAUUUAUACGAUUUUUCAAAUUAUGAUGUUGAUAAAGAAGAGAAUCAAGGUGGUAUUUGCUUAAUUAUGAAUAUUGCUCAUUCCUCACAUGGUUUAAACAUUAUUGCUGCCACUCACAUAUACUUUAUCAACCCGGUUAAACAAGAAUCAAUAGAGGCUCAAGCAAUAAAACGUGCUCAUAGAAUUGGCCAAAAGAAAGAAGUGACCGUAAAGACACUAUAUUUGAAAGGUGUUGAUGAAUUGAAAAUUUUAUCAAAAAAUGAAAAGCUCAAAAAUUCCAAGAACAAUAAAGAUAGUUUUGAUGCAAAAGAGAAAGAAGAUAACGAUAAUUUGCUUGAGUUUUUGGAUUUUGAUAAUUCUGAACAUGAAUACGCUGCUUUCUCCAAUCCAAUAUCUAUUUUUUCAUAA